UGCGGCGUCUCCCUCUAAACCCACAUCCUUUCUUGGCCGCCUCUCUUUCUCCUUUCCCUCUCUCCCGUGCAGCCCUCAAACCCGUCAUUCUGCAGCCCCAACUGUCGUCGUGCAGCGUCCGACUGCCACUUGCUGCAGUCUCGAGGGGGGUUUUUUUUUUCUCCUCACUCGCCUUGCUCCCUCACACCGAGCCGCCUUUCUUCUACCUGAGGAAAGGGAACCCGCCCGCCCGUGAGCGUUGCCUGCUUCUCCGACACGGUCCUGUUCUAAACCGUUCGCGCGAAGUUUCUCCCUGAGCCGAUUCAUCGCGUUUCCGACCAGCCUGGGUCGUUUUGUCGGUAGCAAUGGCCUCCUCCUCUUCAAACGUCGUCGGUGUGCACUACCGGGUGGGAAAAAAGAUCGGCGAGGGUUCAUUUGGUGUGAUCUUCGAGGGAACAAAUCUUUUGAACAAUCAGCAAGUGGCCAUCAAGUUUGAACCUCGCAAGAGUGAUGCCCCCCAGCUUCGUGACGAAUACCGGACCUACAAGAUCUUGGUUGGCUGCCCUGGUAUCCCUAAUGUCUACUAUUUCGGCCAGGAGGGUUUGCAUAACAUCCUCGUCAUCGACCUUCUCGGUCCCAGUCUUGAGGACCUCUUUGACCACUGCAACCGCCGGUUCACCAUCAAGACGGUCGUCAUGGUCGCCAAGCAGAUGCUGUCCCGCGUCCAAACAAUCCACGAAAAGAACUUGAUCUACCGCGAUAUCAAGCCAGAUAACUUCCUGAUCGGUCGCCCCGGCAGCAAAGCGGCCAACGUCAUCCACGUCGUCGACUUUGGCAUGGCCAAACAGUACCGGGACCCCAAGACCAAGCAGCACAUCCCUUACCGUGAACGGAAAUCGCUGUCCGGAACAGCACGCUACAUGAGUAUCAAUACGCACUUGGGUCGAGAACAGUCGCGCCGAGACGAUCUCGAGGCAUUGGGCCAUGUCUUUAUGUACUUCCUGCGCGGUGGUCUCCCGUGGCAGGGGCUCAAAGCUGCAACCAACAAGCAGAAAUACGAAAAGAUCGGAGAAAAGAAGCAGACCACCGCAGUCAAGGAUCUUUGCGAGGGCUUUCCCGAAGAAUUCAAUAAGUAUCUGACAUAUGUUCGCAAUCUGGGUUUCGAAGACACUCCAGACUACGAUUAUCUCCGCGAACUCCUCUCCCAGGCUCUGAAGAACGCCGGAGAGGUCGAGGAUGGCGAAUACGAUUGGAUGAAACUGAACAACGGGCGUGGAUGGGACUACAAGUCGUAUACCUCGCAGGCUCACUUACAUGGCAAUGCCGCCCCCAAUUCUUCUUCCCGCGACCUUCACGGGACAGCCAUACGUGGCCAGAGACCCGGCGUGACAACGGAUCGUUUAAACGCCGCGCAGCCCCCGCCCCCUUCUCCGGCGAAACCCGGAGCUGGGAAGACGCGCGAGCGACCAAGCGCCUCAGGCGGGAUGCCGAACAAGCGUCAGAGCGGAGGCUUGGACGCGACACCGACGGCGUCAACGCAAGCCCAGUUCCAAAACCCCAGCAUGAACACCCCCGGCCGGAUCGGCAGCCCAGCGACCCCGGCGAUGAACAACCAGCAGGCAGUGACAGGCGCUCAGGGAAAUAAUGAACCUCAACCCACUUUUAUCCAGAAAGUUAUGAAGAGCUUGUGCUGUGGUUGAAAGGUCACUGAACCGCUGUACUUUUAUAUCACCCCAUGGCCCAUGCUCACUUAGCAUCU